GUUACGACACUCCUCUUUAUUUCCAAAAGCCGAGUGACGGACUCAGUCUUCCAAUUCCGAUCCCACCAUGACCCACGUCCUGACCGCCGGCCCACCUUUUCUGUUUUACAUUAAAUUCUCAAUUUUCCUGCAAACUUGGACUUUUUUUAUGUAUAUACGCUUUCUCUAAAACCAAAACGUAAGCAGCAAUCCAUUCACCAACUCUGUUUUCAAAAAUUUUCUUCGUUUCUGGUAUUCAGUCCAAAUCUUCAAGCGCUAGCUAUCCAUCCCUUACUUUAAACCAAUCUGAAGAAAUCACUGAAAGAAGACGUCUUUUGACCAAAGAUGCCUGAGAUGGGAGCACUGGAUGAAGGAGGAAUAGCCAGGCGGUUUUGGAUCAAGUCGAAAAAAUACUUAUUCUUUGCUAUGUACAGUCCUUACUUUGCUAGCUUGGCCUCUGGUAAUUUGGACUCUUGCUCUUUUCUCCGUUGUAUUUCUCAAGAUGUCCAUUUUCUCAAAGCAUUCGCUCAAGCAUAUGAAUUGGCUGAAGAAUGUGCAGACGAUGAGGAAGACAAGAGCGCGAUUCGCAAGUUAAGAAAACGCGUCAAAAACAAGCUUAAGAACUACGACGCUAUUGUCCAUGAAUGGGGCUUUGAACCUCCAGCGGAUAGGACUUCUCUCCUUGCCACCCAAAAGUAUAUAGAUUUUUUGCUGGCAACAGCCUCAGGAAAAGUUGAAGGAGAAAAAUUUCCUGGUAAAAUUGCAACUCCUUUUGAGAGGAUAAAACUUGCUGCUUACACUCUUGGUGCUAUGGCGCCUAGCAUGUUGCUGCAUGCCUCUAUAACUAAAGAGAUACAGCAAAUUCUUGAUCCUGAUGAUAGCAGUCACAUUUACAAGAAGUGGAUUGACUACUAUUACUCUGAAGGCUUUGAGGCUGCAGCUCUGCAACUAGAAGACAUGCUGGAUAAACUUAGCAUCUGUUUGACAAGCGAAGAACUUGAUGUCUUAGAAAGACUAUACCUUCAGGCUAUGAAACUUAAAGUGGAUUUUUUCGCUACGCAACAAAUUGUCCAGAAAACAUUAGUGCCUUUGUCUAGGUUGCAAGGCCCUGAUGAUUUCCACCUUACUGUAUUUUGUGAUUUUGACAUGACAUGUAUUGCUGUUGAUUCCUCUGCUGUUUUAGCUGAGAUUGCAAUUAUAAGAGCACCAAAGAUUGAUCUCAAUGGAUCUGAAACCCAACUCACUCAUAUGCCAUCAGCUGAUUUGAGGAGCACAUGGAGUGUUCUUUCGGCCCAGUAUGUGGAAGAGCAUGAUCAAUGCAUAGAAAGCAUCAUUCCUGCCGAACCAGCGGAAAAAUUUAAUUACGAAGGUCUAAGCAAAGCUCUUGAACAACUAGCGGAUUUUGAGAAAAGGGCAAAUUCAAGAGUGAUUCAGUCAGGAGUACUGAAGGGUUUAAAUCUAGAGGAUAUAAAGCGGGCUGGUCAACAACUCAUCUUUCAAGAUGGUUGUAGAGGGUUUUUCCAAAAGAUUGUUAGAAAUGAAAAUGUAAAAGCUGAUGUCCAUAUCCUUUCAUACUGUUGGUGCGGUGAUCUCAUUAGAUCAGCUUUCUCAUCAGAAGAUCUAAAUGUUCUGCAAGUACAUUCAAAUGAAUUGGCUUAUGAAAAAGAUAUUUCAACUGGAGAAAUUGUUAGGUCAGUGGAGUGCCCAAUGGAAAAGCUUCAAACUUUAAACAACAUCUUGAAUGACCGGAAUACUGAUAGCCAACAGUUGACUGUCUAUAUUGGAGGAUCAGUCGGUGACCUGCUUUGCUUGCUUAAAGCAGAUAUCGGUAUUGUGAUUGGUUCAAGUCCAAGCCUAAGGAGACUGGGUGAUCAUUUUGGCAUCUCUUUUGUUCCAUUAUUUUCUGGUAUGGUAAAGAAGCAGAAGGAACUUGUUGAUGGUGUCUCUCCUAACUGGAAGGGGCUGCCAGGUAUUCUGUAUACAGUCUCUAGUUGGGCAGAGAUACAUGCAUGCAUUCUGGGGUCAUAAUUUAUGAUCUAUUUCUUAAUAUCUUGUUAGAAUAAACAUAAACUGCAUAUAAGUAUAUAUAUAGAGUAUAGACAGUGGCUAACUUUUAUCGUAAGGCCACAGGCGAAACCCUUAUUCUUUUUCACUUUAGGGACUGCCAUAAAGAAAUACAGGUAUACUGUAGUUAGCAUCACAAGAGUCAAGUUACAUACAAGAAGCCCACUCAUUCAUUGUUCUUCUGCAAUUUUCUUGAAGCUGCUGCUUGCCUUUGAACGUAAGUUCUUCGAGCAUGGAUAUUUCACGGUUAUCAUUUACUGGUAGGGACGAGAAAGAGGUGGAGUUAUCAUAAAUUAAGGUCUGUAAUUGUAUGGUUUGUUUUGAUGUUUGGUUUAUUUAUUUGAUUCUUUUUCGCAUUUUCUUGCACAUCGAUUGUAUUAUGAUCUAAAACAAUUGGAAACAUGUAUUAACCGUUGUCAUUUUAUUGAUGGGUUGCCAUUUGUAUCUCUCUUCCAA